UUUUGUAGGGUCGGCUCAGACUCGGUUCGGUUCACACCCUGAAGAAGCUCUCCUACAAACUCCGAUAGUAUUAAUGUGACUACUAGUGGUGAUACAAUCUCCCCUCGUCUCACCAUGGCGAGUUACACUGAGAUACUGCACUUCACUGCCUCUGAGGAGGUGAUGUCCGGUCGAGCGAACCUUAACAGAGUUCGCGAGCUCCUAUCCAAAGCGGAAGGAUUGAACCAAUCGUACUUUGGACCAGAAACAGAAGAUCCAUCGGUUUUGUUCAUAGUAAACGACUGGAAAUCUAAGGAUGCGCAUACCAAGUUCCUGGAUUCGCUCGAAGGCGCAGCUUUCAAACCAGCGUUGUCGCCCCUUUCUUCCUCUCCGAUUGUCCACCACUUUGCUGAAUUUGACGAAGUAAAGAGUCGUCUGCAAGCGCCUAUUACCGAGUUCGUCACCCUCACGUUGAAGGCAGACAACAAAAUGGAGGAGUUGAAGCCCUUGGUGCAGGAUUUGCACGAGAAGCUGAAAGGCUCCAAGAUGUUUUAUGGAUCUAGCUGGGCUCCGAUUGCCAACGAGUCAAACAUGUACCACGGGAUCUUGGGCUGGGAUACCGUCGAGGCACACUGGGAUGCCGUCAAAGACGGCCCACCUAAAGCGGUCGUUGACGAAUUCAAGAAAAUCGCCAAUUUGUGGCUGGUUCACGCUGCGUUGCAGUCGCUGACGGAGGACAAGUGAGUGGGGUGUGAUGAUACCAAAAUGGAGGGGAAACUGUGCUGUAUUAUUUCAUGUAUGGGUCGAUCUUCUUGCAGUAUUGUGAAUGUGAAGACUCGGGACUAGACCGUUCCAAGUGCCAGAGAGGUUUAGGGUAGUGACCGCCCUUCCGCCGCGAUCAACCCAAAUACAUGUAUGUGUUCGGCGAACAGUAACAAAGUUUUUCUCCGGGAGGCCGGCGGACUCCUGGCGGAUUCCUAGCGACAAAGCGACUGCAACCUGGCCCGGGCAUGUUGCAUAAGUUGACAGGCUAUCUUCAUGCGUGAUAUGUAGCACCGAACAGCCUUGGACCCACGCAUCGUAGAUAGCAGGACGUGUCUUGAAGCGAUAUAAGGAAUCGACAUCAAUUCACGCCUGAUACGCCGGGUUACUAGCUGUAUUGCGGCCUUGUGUCUGUGGAUGGGCUGUGGUGUGUGGUGAGCACGCAUUGUACACGAGUUGUUUGAACGUGUGUCG